UGGAGUCUAAAUGCGCCGUGCUUCACUUGGGUUUUCAGCACAGUAGCCACUGUUAUUGAUGUUUUUUCCCUCGACAUGUCCAUGGUAACUGCUCUGUCUAAGAUCUGACCAGCAGCGAGGAGCCGAGCAGCGUGUGAGAAUGGAGCUGGAGGAAAAAAAUCCGGACCCUAAAUACGGGGAGUCCAGGAAGUUUGACCCAAACUUCAAAGGGCCGAUUCACAACAGGGGCUGCACAGAUGUCAUCUGCUGUAUUCUCUUCAUCUUAGCCCUGUUGGGGUACUUUGCUGUGGGAAUCCUUGCCUGGUCUCAGGGUGACCCAAGGAAAGUGAUCUAUCCAACAGACAGCAGGGGGCAGUUCUGCGGACAAGCUGGAACACCUCUGGAGAAGAAACCUUUUCUGUUUUACUUCAACAUCCUGAAAUGUGCAAGUCCCCUGGUGCUGCUGGAGUUCCAGUGUCCCACCACACAGUUAUGUGUGGAAAGCUGUCCUGACAGGCCUCUGACAUUGGUGAAAGCCAGGGGUCCAACAGGCAGCAAAGAAGACCGUGAAUAUUAUCAACAAUUCUGUAAGGAAGGAGUGGACUUCGCCAGAUUGAGUGCUCCCGAGAUCCUGAAGGAUAAAUUGUGUCCUGCUAUGCUGAUGCCCAGUAAAGCCUUCACGCGUCGCUGCCUCCCCGCCUUGGGAACUUUGAAAGAUGGGGUGGUGGUGGUGGGAAAUGCGACCACUGUUGAUAAUGGAAGGGGCGUCAGUGUCAAUGCCACAGAUGUGCUGGAGGCAUCAAAGAAAUCAAAUGUGGUUGUUGAAGCUCGUCAGGUGGCCAUGAGAAUCUUUGAGGACUACACUCAGUCUUGGCACUGGAUAUUGCUUGGUCUGGUGAUUGCCAUGGUCGUCAGCUUGAUUUUCAUCGUCUUGCUGCGAUUCCUGGCUGGCGUCAUGGUCUGGGUCAUGAUUGUUUUGGUUAUUCUAGUCAUUGGAUAUGGGAUUUUUCACUGUUACAUGGAGUAUGCAAGUCUGAAGGGAGAGGCAGGCGCUGACGUCACCAUACGUGACCUGGGACUGCAGACAGACUUCUCUGUCUACCUGCAGAUCAGACAGACCUGGCUGGCCUUCAUGAUCAUCCUGGCUAUUGUGGAGGUCAUCAUCAUCCUGCUACUCAUCUUCCUCAGGAAAAGAAUCAUGAUUGCCAUCGCCCUCAUCAAAGAGGCCAGCAGAGCUGUUGGUCACGUGAUGUCUUCGCUGUUCUACCCACUGCUGACCUUUGCCCUCCUGGCUGUGGUGAUUGCUUACUGGGCCAUCACUGCUGUUUUCUUAUCCACCUCUAAUGAGCAGGUGUAUAAAGUGUUCAACAACUCUGAGUGUGAGUACGCACUAGAGACCUGUGAUCCCAAGACGUUUAACAUCUCCAACGCUUCAGCACAGUGUCCGGAUGCAGAGUGCCUGUUUGCCUUUUAUGGUGGAGAGACGCUCUACCACAAAUACCUCAUCCUGUUCCAGUUCUACAAUGUCUUCCUCUUCUUCUGGUGUGCCAACUUCGUGACGGCCCUGGGCCAGGUCACUCUGUCAGGGGCCUUUGCCUCGUAUUACUGGGCCUUCAAGAAGCCUGAGGAUAUUCCUGCAUUCCCCAUCUUCUCCUCGCUGGGACGGGCCCUCCGAUACCACACAGGCUCUCUGGCUUUUGGCUCUCUGAUCCUGUCUAUAGUCCAGGUUAUCAGGGUCUUUCUGGAGUACCUGGAUCAAAAAUUGAAAGGUGCUCAGAACAGGUUUGCUAAAUUCCUGCUAAGCUGCAUGAAGUGCUGCUUCUGGUGUCUGGAGAAAUGUAUCAAAUUCCUUAACAGAAAUGCCUACAUCAUGAUUGCCAUCUAUGGAAAAAGUUUCUGUCCCUCAGCUCGAGAUGCCUUCUUCCUUCUCAUGAGGAACAUUAUCAGGGUGGCUGUUUUAGAUAAAGUGACCGACUUCCUGCUGUUUCUUGGGAAACUCCUAAUCGUUGGAAUUGUUGGUAUCUUCUCUUUCUUCUUUUUCUCUGGAAGAAUCAAAGCGGUAGAAGACGCUGCUCCAUCUCUGAACUACUACUGGGUGCCCAUACUGACAGUGAUAGUGGGAUCCUACCUCAUCGCCCAUGGAUUCUUCAGCGUGUACGCCAUGUGUGUGGACACACUGUUCCUCUGCUUCUGUGAGGACUUGGAAAGAAAUGAUGGCUCGUCUGAAAAGCCUUACUUCAUGUCCCCCGAGCUGCACGAGAUCCUCUCCAAAACAAAGAGGCUGGAGGAAGAUGGCGUUGAGCAGGUUGAUUCUGUGAAGCUCGCAGACGAGGUGAAACUAGAAGAGGAAACCCCUCUUCAGCAGCAACAUGAUGGAGAGAUCCAACUGAAACAGCAGACGGUGCUCAAGCAGGACAACGAGGAGGAGCAGCCUCUGCAGUCCAAGACAGAUGCUGAAGAGCCAAAGGAGGAGAAAAAUGAAGAACAAAAAGUUGGUGAGGCAGAGGAGGCUGAAAAGAAAGAAGAAGCUGAGGUGGGCGAAAAGCAGGAGUUGAAGCAGGAGGGAAAGACCGAGGAGGCUCCGCUUCCAGCUGUGGAGGCUGAGAAAGAGGAGACUGGUGAAAAGAAAGAGGAAUUGCAGGAAGAAAAUUCUCCGUCUGCACCACAUGAGUAGAUAGAAAGAAUGAAAGAACUACAACUUUUUGACAUGUUAAAUGUACAGCACACAACACGCUAAAAUUUCAGAUCGCCUUGCUGUGUGGGUGAUGUGAUGUCCAGCUGGGGAAAAUUGUGGUCGCCAUGUGAAGGUUGAAGCAGGUCAAAAAGCCCAGUGCAUCUCUGUAGCUUGAAAACAAAUCUCUUGUGUUGGUUUUAGAACAGUGUUGGUUUUUAUAUUGUGAAGAUCUGUAGAAUAUUGUGAGUGCUGAACCUGUGCCUGAUUACUGUCACUAAUAUUUGUUGUCUUAAUCCUGUUAACGAAUGCACUACAGAACCACUAAGUACCCUGUUUACAGCCAGAACAAACACGUCAUUCGAUGGUGAAUCUCUUUCACUAUUUACAACAAUACCAGCUGACGCCAAAAUGUUUCAGACAUAUUUGAUAUACUGUAUGAAUAUUGGAUCUUUUUUUCCUAUGGAACUUAUAUAUACAAUAGUGUCUAUUAUUUUUUGGCUUUGGCCUUGUAGAGAUCCUCGACAAGAUGGGAUCCCAUGUAUUGUAAUGCCACCUACUUGCCUUGGUAUUUCGGACUGGCGUAAGUGCAGUGAUUGUGUCGCCAUGACCCAGCCAUCGUGACCUCUCUACGGGCCCCUCCAGUUGUUCACUGAUCCCACCUGCCUUGCUCUGUCCUCUCUCUCGCUCUCUCUCGCUCUCUCUCGCUCUCUCUUUCUCUCUCUCUCUAAGUGCUGCAUGGUGUAGACAUGGCCUUCUGAAUGCUCGCAACUAACAUCUUAAAUAUCUGGAUGCUUUUGUACCUUUUUUGUCUUGUCACCUUGUGAAAGAUGUUGAGAGUUGAUUUUCACUGAAAAUAACUGAUGACAUUCCAUAUUUAUUGGAUGUAAAUCUUGAUUAAAGGUGAUUGUAUUUAA